AUUAAAUCAAUGGACCCUUUUCAAGAUGAUGAUUUUAGGCAAGGCGCUUCUAAGAUUGAGAGCUUGCCUGAGUCAGAGACCGGCACUAAUGUGAACUCUUAGUCUGGGGAAGUUCGAUAAAUUGCUCUGCAAAAGAUCAGUAGUUCCAAAUUCUCAGAAUUCUAAGAUACUCAGUGAGGUUAUGGAGACUAAUAGAUCAGCCAUGACCUUGCUUAAGCAAGGAAAAUUUGAAAAUUGUUACAAGGUUUUGUUAAUGGCAGAAGCCAAACUUAAGGAAUAUGCUGGUAGUGAAGAUUUUAUUGAGGAUAACGAAUUUAACAGCACAGCUUCUGUGACAUACAAUAACAUCGGCUGAUACUAUCAAAAAAAGGAAGAUUAUCAUACAAGUUUGAAAUAUCUCCAAAAGGCAUUGAAAUUUAACAAAAAGAUACCAAAUGAUGAGAUUAGUCAGAGCAGCACACAUCUUAACAUUUGAGCAUGUUUUAGCUGAGAAGAGAGGCAUGAAGAAGCUUAUAAGCAUGCUAAAUAUGCUUUAAAAUUAUUACCAAUUGCUCAUAAAAAAAUGAAACAAAAAUUAAUAAACGAAGGAGAGGUGCUUUCUAAGAAAGUUAAGGUUGAUUAUGAGGCUAAAUAGAAAGAAUCUUAUUAUGACACUUGUCAUUGCCUAUCACAACGCUGGUGUUGAGUCAGAGUAUUUGAAGAAAUACGAUGAAUCCGAACACCACUUCUUGAACGGGAGUGAAGUAGGUCUUAAGUAUUUUGGAAAGAUGGAUGAAAUGACAAGGCUUUUGCAGAGAUCAUUAGCUCAAAUUAAAAGAGUGAAAGCAGCUCAAAGUGUGAAGAAGUGGAAAACUCGUAAAAAGAGCCCUACUGACAUGCUGAGUAUGACUAGUGAUCAAAGUAGAGAGAAAAGGCUACAUAACCAUAGUGUUCUAAAAGAUUCUUCUAGUGAGGAUCAUAGACUAUUCCCAAGAUCUAGUAAUCGAAGUCCUUCCUCAAUUAGUAAGCCACAGAACAAAACCCUCUCUCAAGAAAGACUUAGGAUGGCAAACACUCGAAAAUCUGGGAAUAUAAGUGUUAUGAAGAAGUCUCAUAAGCGACUGAUUUCCCAUGAGAAAAGCACCAUAAAAAUUUCUAAAAAGGCUCAAAAGUAUAUCAAAGCUAGAAAAGAUGGAGUUAAGAAAGCCCAUCAAGGACCAAGGAUAAAUAUUGAGAAACGUUCAAAUUCAAAAAUAGAUUUCCGAAAACAAAACUCUCUCUCCCCAGAAGGACAUUAUUCUGAUAGUCCGAAGCUUCCAAAAGUAGGAGUUAAGGAAGAUCCCUUUCGAAGCAAAGGGAAGUUAUAUAAAAUCCCUGGGAAGAGCAGCUCGUACUUAAAAGGACUCAACUCAACUAGCAAUCCUUAUUUGCACCAAUCCUUAGAGCCCCGGCCUAAUCAGAACGAUAGCCAUAACGAGUACCAUACUUUUGGGAAUGAGGAAGAGAACUAUAUGGUUAAUAACUUGACAAACAGGGGGUUGAAAAAGAACCAGAACCAAUAUCUUCAGUACCAAAAUAAAACUAAAUACGAUCCUACUUAUAUGCCUAUGAACGAAAACUCUCGGAUGAAGACAGGGGAACUUAAAGUGCGCAAUUACCUGAGAAUGAAGGACAAAGAGCAAAAGCUAAAUGCCACCACUGGAGGAAACAUCAUUCAAAACCAGGAACAGCAAUCUUCGGUUUUUGAUAGCUCAAGGCAUAGUUAUCAAUAUGAGAGCAAAAGAAGCCUUAGGUCUAGAGCUAGUAAUGAGAAAGAGCUAGCGAUGGAAAGAGUCAGGAAGAUGAACAGGAGCCAGAUUAGAGAGAAAUAACUACUCUAAUUUAUCAUUCAAUGAUCCUAGAAAUAACUAUGAGUCUUUGAACGACUCUCAACCUUUAAAGCCUAGAAAAUUCAAAGUGAUAGAAGAGAGAAAGAAAGGCUUAGAGAAUAGCCAAAACUUAGCAGAUCUCAGACCAAGAAAUUACACUCAAAUCAAUAUGAAUAUUAGCUAUGAUUCUAGGGACUCAGAACCAAAACAAACUCUCAUGAAGUCUAAUAUCCAACCACCCCAUCAAAUGAUAGCAAAUAUGACAGAUGAAGAACCAAAAAGUAUUAGCUUCCCCAAAAUUGAGAAAAAGGUGUUUGCAAAGAGAGGAAUAGAAGAUGACAUCGUGAUCGAGGAUCCAAAUGAGCAGACUUAUUCAGAAUUUCAUACCAAGGGUACUGCUCAUGGAGCCAACGAGAAAGACCGACACAAAAUGGUCAACUCUAUUAACCACAAUAAUGAAUCUCCAAAGCCAAAGAAUAAAAGCAUUCAAGCAUCUGAGUCUAUUAUGGAAAGCAAUACGCCAGGAGAAGUUUUAAUUAAGAAAAAUAAUCCUUCAAAAGCAAUUCAAGGGAAAUAUGGCCAAGACAGGAAUGAACAUUCCCCAAUAGAAAAAUCAGUGUCUCUUUCCUUUUCCUCCAAAUACCCUGAAGAUGAUGAGAGUCGAAGAGGAAUGCAGCAAAAUAGUGGAAUUAUUGAUAAGAUUGGCCAUAUCCAAAAUGGCUUAGAUACAUUAAACAACAAUAUUUCAAGAUUUGAAACCCAUAUGAAGAAUGUUAAAGAUAUGGGUAUCGAUCUCCAGACCAAAUCAGGCUCUCGUAACAUAAGUACUUCUCUUCCUCACCCCUAGCUCCCUCCGACCUCCCUCCUCCUAACGUUCCGAACCCUUCAUCGCGUCCUUUUCCCAGCUACCAGAAAUCCCACUUGCCUCCAAAUCCUGCUGUGGUCAACGCAGGCAGCUUUUCCCAAACGGACAACAGCCUGGUCAACUUGGCCAACCUGCAUGACCUCCAAGAGGAC